CACAAUGAUUGUGACAAGUAUACAUAUUUUAUUUUGGUUAACAGUUUACACAAAUGGAGAAAUUUACAAAAUUGGUGUAUUAACACAAAAUGAAAAUGACACAAACUUCAUCCAAUUGAAAUCCAUAUUGACAAACUAUGAUGUCUCUAUCGAACCUAUUUUAAACGACCCGCUGAACAAUAUAACUGAUAAAUUUUGCAGUGUUACGUCAAAUAACACAUUGGCCACCAUUGAUCUUCUCAAUCCCUCGUGUACACCAUGCUGGAAAAUAAGUAACGCUAAUGGUAUGGCCUAUUUUCGAACUGACUUUUCCUACAUUCGACCAGCAAUCCAAUUAAUUGAAUCAUAUAUUACAUGGUUGAAUAUCACUAAAGAAAUUACAUUCGUAUUCACUAACCAAGAAGACGCAGAUCAAGCCGUUACCUAUUUAACUUCAGGAAAAUCAUCUUUGAGAGCUAUCGUCCUUAAUUAUCUAACAUCCAAUGAAAUCGAUCAACUUAAGAACACGAAAAUUGGUAUUAGACACGUAGCUCUAAUAGGAAAUAAUUUGGAUCAACAUGUAAAGAUGAUAAACCAAGAAAAAUUAAUAAAACUGGAUGAAUCAUGGAUAAUUGUUACAAAUGAUACAAGCAAAUAUAAACUCGAAUCAGCAGUAACGCUUAUGAAGUUCACAUCGUGGGAAAAUGGACAUACAAAUAAAAUUACGCGUGCUAGAACAUUAUUUAACUUCAUUUUCUACUUUCUUGACCGUGUAUCACGAGAUCGUUUAAAACUUAAUUGUAACAUGAGUUCUGAUAUUUUAAUGUUAGAGAAACGAAAAGAAAUCGAAGAUAUACUAAACUCGUACGAAAAUAAAAAUGAAUUUCAUUACGACAUCGAUACCAAACUAAUGACGUACAACGAACAAGCAAUUAUACUAAAAAUUAGCCCGGAUGGUGUACAUAAUCAAUUGGGUACGUGGACUAUAAACGGAGGUUUAGAAAUGAAAUACGACGCUUUGACAGUGGUCAGUGGUCGCCGAUUCUUCAGAGUUGGAACUGCAAAGGCUAUUCCUUGGACGUUCAUGGAAGACGUGUGGAAAGGUUAUUGUAUCGAUCUAAUCGAAAAACUAUCCAUAGAAAUGAAUUUCAAAUACGAACUAGUCGUUAAAGACCAAUUUGGCGAGCUCGACCCAGUGACGAACCAAUGGAACGGACUUAUCGGUGGACUUGUGGACGGAGAACUGGAUAUUGUCAUAGCUGCACUCACCAUGACAUCGGAACGAGAAGAAGUUAUAGAUUUCAUUGCCCCAUACUUUGAACAAACGGGAAUAUCAAUAGUGAUCAGGAAACCAUCCAGAAAGACUUCUCUGUUUAAGUUUAUGACAGUACUGAAACCCGAAGUUUGGCUCAGUAUCGUUGCCGCUUUGGCCAUGACUGCGUUCAUGAUCUGGAUACUAGACAAGUAUUCGCCGUACAGUGCACAGAACAACAAACCCAAAUACGAACAAUUCCGGCAUUUCACGCUCGUCGAGAGUUUUUGGUUCGCGUUGACUUCGUUCACGCCGCAAGGAGGAGGGGAAACGCCAAAAGCGAUCAGCGGCCGCGUCUUGGUCGCCGCCUAUUGGGUUUUCGUCGUCCUCAUGUUGGCUACGUUCACUGCGAAUUUGGCAGCAUUUCUGACGGUGGAAAGGAUGCAAACACCGGUGCAGUCCUUGCAACAGUUAGCUCGACAGUCGAGAAUCAAUUAUUCGGUGGUCGACGGCAGUGACGCCCAUCAGUUCUUUCGCAACAUGAAAAUGGCAGAAGAUAUUUUAUACAACGUAUGGAAGGAAAUAGCAUUAAAUCAAACAAACAAUCGAAAAGAUUUUCGAGUUUGGGAUUAUCCAAUCAAAGAAGAAUAUGGACAAAUAUUAGCAGCAAUAGAAAGAACUGGGACCGUUCCAAACAGAACAGUUGGAUAUCAAAUGGUAUUGGACAACGAGCAAGGUGAAUUCGCUCUAAUUCAUGAUUCAUCGGACAUUGAGUAUGAAGUUUAUAAUAAUUGUAACCUUACUGAGGUAGGUGAAAUAUUUGCGGAAAGACCAUACUCGAUAGCUGUCCAACAAGGAAGUCUCAUACAAGAGGAAAUUAGUAGAAAGAUAUUGGAUUUGCAAAAAGAUAGAUUUUUCGAACUACUGAACGCUAAGUAUUGGAACGCUUCCAAAAUAAGCGCAUGCCCGAAUUCAGAUGAUAGUGAAGGCAUCACACUAGAGAGUUUAGGAGGUGUUUUCAUAGCUACAUUAGUUGGUUUGUUGAUAGCAUUAAUUACACUUGCUUUUGAAGUUGUCUAUUUUAAACAUAAACGCGCUAAGGUAGCUGAAGUUAGCGUUGUUAAUAACACUGUUCAUAAGGAUAAGCUGAUAUACGGUCACGAGUUAUUCAUGACACUAGGCAGGAGUUCAAAUUCAGAUGAUCAAACACGUUGGGCCAACAAGAUCAAACUAGAUUCAACUACAGGCCGACUAAACAAUGCAUUAUUUUUUCGUAGAAACAAAUUUCAUUAGAACUAAGGUUGAUUGAUAUAAUAAUGUUUUAUAAUAUUUAUAAAUAUAGUAUGGAUAUAAAUUGAUUAACUAAUACAUUUCAUAAAUAAAUUAUUUUACAUUA